AUGGAAAAAUGUUUACCUAAGUAUUUGAGGGUUUAUGGCAGUACCUAUUACAGAUAUUAUGGUGAUAUAUAUUUUAGAAGGGUUGUACAUCAUAUUAGAGAUAAAAUUAAUGACUUUAUUCUUAAGAAAGAUAAAGAACCAUUAAAGGAUAUAUGCCUAUAUUUGUCUAAUUAUCUAAUUAACAAUAAGAAUCCACCAAAUUACUAUGCACCACAAAGAGAAUUAUGGGAAAGAUCAUUAUAUGAAUGGUUAAAUCCUCAUUAUAAGAAGCUAGAUAAAUUAGGAGGAUGCCCUUUGAUUAUGAAUCAAAAUGAUUUAGAAAUUUUAGAAUUAAAAUAUAAUGUAGAUGAUUUCUGUGAAAAAAGAGAAAGCUAUCUGGAUGAAUUAAGGCAGUCACAGGGAAACCCUAAGUCUAAUAGUAAUUAUUCAAGUAAAUGUGACUCAUAUAAUGAAUGGAUUGAUGGAAAAGAAAAGUAUUUCACGACAAAAAAAGAACUCUUUAAAAAUUGUUAUAAAAUAGAAAAAACGCAAAAAGGUCGAAGAAAAACAUGCAAUAUAAUUGAUCCCAAAACUUUUAACAAACUACCUAAUUGCAGAUCUACCGUUCAAAAAGAAUCUGGUCAACGUCCAAUUCAAAAAAAUAAAAAUUUACCAGAAGUGACCAAAAAAGAAAGCGAAAGAGCGUCAAUGCGUGAAGAUCAAGAACAAAAACGCGCACCUGAUAUACUCGAAACUGAACCUCAACCUGAACCUCAAUCACGAUCCCAACAUGAAGAUCAUAGUGCCCUCGAAAAAGGAAUUGCCAAGGAAUCUCAAAUUAUAUCCCCAGUAACAUCUUCACCUGAAUCUUCAUCUAUUAAAACUAAAGAUGAUCAUGAAGAUCCUGGACAACAUACACAAUCAAAACUAUCAGUAUUUCCUAAAAGUGCUGUUUCUACAGAAUCUCAAAAAUCUCCUGUAUCUAUAACUUUGCCUACAAGUCUUGGCGUCUCAGGAACUCCAAUCGAUUAUCAAAAUAUUCGAUUAUCAUCUGGAAGUUCAAAUUUUCCUGAUAACUCUAUGCCCUCUAAAAUUUUAGAAAGCACAUUAUAUGAUGAUGAAGAAAUCAUAAAAAAAUUAAAAAUACAUGAACAUAACACUAUAAAAAAUACAAAUAUAUUAAAGAGAAAAAAAGAAAGAUUCAAAACUAUUAUAGAAGUACAUAUGGAAGUACUGGAAGAAUUCAGAAAUGAAGAAUGGGAACACAAAAAAAAAGAAUUUUUACAUUUAUGCCUAGAACUGUUCGCAAAAGCGGAAUAUAGCACAGAUCGCAAUUUGACUAAUGAAGAACUGAUAAUGGAAAAUACUAAAAGCAUUAAUAAUAUUGAAAAACAAAAAAUUCUAUGGAAUAAAUGGGUAAAAGAACAUAGUAAUAUUUCUGAAAAAUUGAAAAAAACCAAUUGGUUUAAUAAUUUGAAACAUGAAUGGAAAAACGAAAAAGAUUCCAUAAAAAAUAGUGUACAAUUAAAAAUGAAUUUUUCAAAUGAAAAUCAAAAAUUUUCAUUUUUAGAAAAAGAAAAAGAUUUAUGGAAAAAAUGGAUAUCAAAAAAGCAUAUGAUUAUAGAACAAUAUUUGCAACAAAAAUGGUUUGAUGAAUUUACACAAGAAUUUCUCAAUAUGUCAGAUGAGUAUGUAAAUGAAGAAAGUAAAAAUAACAUUUCACUAUUAAAUUCAGAAGAAUUACAGAGUAAAGAAUGCUAUGAAGAAUUAUAUAGUUAUAUAAAAAAAAAAUUAAUUGCAAAAAUGUGCAUACUAGUAUUUAUGAUGGUAUUAGAAGAUUGCAAAACAGAAGAUUUUAUAAAAAAUGAGGAAUCACAUUUGGAUAAUUCCAUAAAUGAUUGGAAAACAGAUUCAAAUUUAGGGAGAAAAUCAGAUGCUCCAAAACAAGUAAUUCAUGUUAAUGCAACUGCUUUAGAACAUAGAAAAAAUGGGCAAAUUCGUGCUCAAAUAGGGCAGAAAAGUUUUAGACAGGAAAUAGAAGAAUGGAUAAAAGAAGAUGAUACAGGGGCAAAUUACAUAUAUAAUGAGAACAGUGUAGAAUUAUCCUAUUAA